AUAUUCACCACCCCGCGGCUGCUGGAUGGAGUUUGAAGUGGAGGCUAGAUUGGUCCGACGUACAGUGCUUAGCUGUUCCCAUUCAUAGGCGACCGCUAUAGAGAGAACUCAUCUUGAAGUAACCCUAACCAUCCGGAUUCUAAAGAGUGUGAUCAGGAAUUGGAGAGGAAUUAAACGAAGGCACCUGCGUCCGUCCAGAAGAGCCAGACACCAGAAGGAAACCAUGAGCAGCAACUACAGCAUAUCCCUGCUGGGUCCCUCACCCUGGGGCUUCAGACUGCAGGGGGGCAAAGACUUCAACAUGCCCCUCACCAUCUCCAGGCUAACAGAUGGAGGGAAGGCGGCGAAGGCACACAUCUCCGUGGGCGAUGUGGUGCUGUCCAUCGACGGCAUCACCACUGAUGGGAUGAACCACCUGGAGGCCCAGAACAAGAUCAAAGCGUGCGCUGGGAACCUCUACCUCACACUGCAGAAAGCAUCCAGUCUCCCAAAACCAGCUGGCGGGCCAAAGGAGGCUGCAGUGACAAAAGUCCCCAGGAGACCGAUCAUAGACACGGACAUCGGAUUCUUCCACGUCCCCACUCACAGCGACGCCAGCAGGAAGCGCAUCAUCGAGGACACAGAGGACUGGCGUCCCCGCUCAGGCACCUCCCAGUCCCGCUCCUUCCGCAUCCUCGCCCAGAUCACCGGCACAGAGAACGAGCCAAGACAGGAGGCUGACACUGGAAACAAGACAAAGGUGUCCAAGGUGAACCUACAGAUCGCCGGCCCCAAAUACAACAAGCUGAGAGACUGGCACCACGGGAUGUCAGCAAGCACCCUCAAUGUCCAGGGGACAGAGUCCGAGCAUGGACAGGUCAGAAGAGAGGAGCCUUCAGACAAAAGCGCCACUGAGGCCCCGCUCCUGUUAUGUAAUGGCACCACCGCCAAGGAGACGAACACGGCAUCAACCGGGGACCAUGCCCGGACAUCGGAGGAGAUUACCCACAAUCCCCCCUCUCCCCCUGGCUCCGUCAGCGCUGAGCCAGAACAUUUGGCUCUGGCCCUCUGCGCAGGGUUUGACCAGAGCACUGGGGCAGACGCUGACAGUACUGACCAACCACCACUAGAUGGCGGUGGCAUCUCAGGAGAGAGCCUGAAUCCGUCCCGUGUGGUGGAGGCGUCUGCUGGCUCCGAUGAAUCCUCAGGUCAGGAGGAGGCGAAACGAGCUUCCACUCCUGUGCCUGAUACAAUCAGUCCUCCAGAGCAGGUGUCCAGUCUAGCCCCAGAUCAGAUGAAGAUCUCCCCCACUCCUCCAUCUCUAAAGCCUGUCCACUCUCCCGCACCACUCAGAAGGGAGCUGCUGUUAAACCCUCUCGAGUUCCUCCCACGGGGUGCCCCAUGUCCACCCCAUGCCUGCCCCAGUGCCCCAAGUGCCCGCGCCGCCCAGCUCCGGGACAAGGCCCCCAUUGUGAGUGGCCCUCAGGCCAGUGGCCUGAGGCCAUCUGACGGAGGGCUCUGUCAGUCUCUGCUGGACGCCCUGCUCAUCACGCCCAUCACCAAGAAUCCCCCUCUCCGCCUCCGGAAGAAAAAGCGGCCCUCGGCCACCUCCCUGGGCCUGUCCAAAAGCAAGAGAGUCUCCUGGCAUCAGUCUGUCAUUGACCCCAACGACCCUUCCCUCUCCUCGCCUGUAAAUGCCAUCUAUAUCUUUAGUGAGGAGGUGGAGGAACCUUAUGUCAACACUCACGGGACCUGCGCUGUCAAGACCAUGGUGAAAGGUCCUGCCGUCUCGCCCCGAAACACCAACAGCGCCACCACUCAAGCCCUUGCUGACAAGAGCAGAGGCCAGGUGGGGCUCAUCACCCCCACAUUCGGGGGGCCCAACAGCAGCCCCAAGGGCCCCGUCAAGGACCGGCCUGUCCCACAACCGCACCCCAAGGACGAGGACUCCUUGGUCCAGAGGGCCGAGUACUUUCCUGCCGGCACCCGGACCCCUGUGUGCGCCCAAUGCGACAAAGUCAUCAGGGGGCCCUUCCUGGUGGCGAUGGGGAACUCGUGGCACCCAGAGGAGUUUAACUGCACCCACUGCCACAACUCUCUGGCUGACAUCGGCUUCGUGGAGGAGCAGGGCUCCGUGUACUGUGAGCACUGCUAUGAGGAGUUCUUCGCCCCGAUCUGCAGCCGCUGCCAGGGGAAGAUCCUGGGGGAAGUGAUUAAUGCCCUGAAGCAGACGUGGCAUGUGCAUUGCUUCCUAUGUGCAUCCUGCCAGCAGCCCAUCCGCAACAACACCUUCCACCUGGAGGAUGGCGAGCCCUACUGCGAGAGAGAUUAUUACAACCUGUUUGGGACCAGCUGUCAUGGUUGUGAUUUUCCUAUCGAAGCUGGGGACAAAUUCCUGGAGGCUCUGGGCUUCACAUGGCACGACACCUGCUUUGUGUGUGCGGUAUGCUGCACCAGUCUUGAGAGCCAGACGUUCUUCUCCAAGAAGGACAAGCUGUUGUGCAAGAAGCACGCCAACACUGUCAAAAUAUGAGCCUUUAUCCUGAAAAGCUACAGAAGACCAGAAAGAGAGAGAGAGAGAGAGAAAGAGAGUGCAUUUUCUGUGUGAAAGGGAGAACCUUUUAAUAUAAUGGACAGAAACCUGGAUCAUCUGUCUUUUUUUUUUCCUCCAGACUAGAUGUGAGGCUCUCUUUGUAAAGUACCUUGUAAGUUGAGAAUCCAGACUCCCCCAAAUGAGGCUAAAUGGAAGAAGCCAUAGGUCAAAGUUCAGUUUUUCAAACCGACUUUAGCCAAUUCAUCUUGCAGCUCACGCCAGUGCAUUAAAAACUCAGUAUAAACAUUUUUAUAAGGAAAAAAAUAUUUCUCAUUAAAGAACUAUGUUCUUUCUCUAUCAGCAGGGGAUAGUUUCUCCACUGUUUGUUUCCAUUCCUUUCCCAAGUAAUUGAAUAACAGAAUUUGUAUAUAUUUCAUGAUAAUUUGACGCCACUUUUCUCCCCCUCUACAUGAAUGGCAUUCUUUAAACUUCGGAGAGAAAGCUUUUUUUGAAGGGCCAGGUCAAAUCUGGGCUAUUUUAUCUUGCUGAAAGUAUAUCUGUGGCUACACCUCUGUCUGUGAGAUGAAUGGAGCCUGUUGUCUGGGAUAACAGCGUUAAACAGCAAUGCGGGUCGGGUCACAUGCGUCCCACACACUUGAAAUGUGUGCUAAUAUCGUAAAUCCUCUCUGGUUCUUAAACUCCGAUUCCAGCGUGGCCUUCUGCUCACUAUCGUACACGUCAUUAUGUGUGUGUAAAUGAUGUGAAUGCUAACAAUAUGAACAUGAAUUAUGUAAACGUGUUGGAAUAUGAAGAAAUGCAGGUGCAUGAAAGAUUGGGUUUAAAUAGAGUUUAAAGUAAAUGUGGACAUGCAUUUGAACUGAGCCAAAGUUAACAAAGGCCUCAGAAAUCCAUCCAGGUCAUUGUACUACAUUUAGGAUUUCUUCAAAAGAGAUAUGAUGAGAAUGAAUGUGCGAAACAUUAUAUUAUUUAAUUGUCAUUUGACAGUUAUUUUUCAGUUUUUUUCUCUUUCAGCUUUUUGUUUUCUCACUACCAUACACACAAAUUAAGAGUCACACACCGCACUAGCACAGCCUAAUGACACAACCAGAUAAUAAUUAAUUUGCUUUAAUCAUGUGGGUGAAGGGAGAAUUCAGUGUUUGUUUGUUUGUUUGUUGUUUUCCCAGAAUACAUUGCCAUAAACUAAUGAAAGUGCUGUGAUUACUUUACUUUCCAGAUGAUAAUGUAUAUGUCAUAUUGCCAAAAGAAUAAAACUAAACAAAUAAUGUUA